AUGGCGUCAGAGAAAAUAGAGACAGUAGUCGCAGGGAAUUACUUAGAAAUGGAGAGAGAAGAAGAAAUGAGAAAUAAUGAUAACAAAUCUUCUGUUAAAACAAAACUCUCGAAUUUCUUCUGGCAUGGAGGUUCUGUCUACGAUGCUUGGUUUAGCUGUGCUUCAAAUCAGGUGGCACAAGUACUGUUGACUUUACCAUACUCAUUCUCACAACUUGGGAUGAUGUCGGGGAUUUUGUUUCAACUCUUCUAUGGUUUAAUGGGAAGCUGGACUGCUUAUCUCAUAAGUGUUCUCUACGUUGAAUAUCGAACUCGUAAAGAACGAGAAAAAAUCGAUUUCCGUAACCACGUUAUUCAGUGGUUUGAGGUGUUGGAUGGAUUACUUGGAAAACAUUGGAGGAACAUUGGAUUGAUCUUUAAUUGCACUUUUCUUCUCUUUGGAUCCGUUAUUCAACUCAUCGCUUGUGCCAGAAUUUGGUCAUUCCUCGGACUCGCUAUGACUACUUACACUUCUUGGUAUCUCACCAUUGCUUCUAUUCUUCACGGCCAGGCUGAGGAUGUUAAACACUCGGGUCCAACCACAAUGGUGCUUUACUUCACCGGAGCCACCAACAUUCUCUACACCUUCGGUGGUCACGCCGUCACCGUAGAGAUAAUGCACGCGAUGUGGAAACCGCAAAAGUUCAAGGCGAUAUAUCUAUUAGCGACAAUAUACGUAUUAACGCUAACGCUACCAUCCGCGUCUGCGGUUUAUUGGGCGUUUGGCGAUCAGCUGCUAACACAUUCCAACGCUCUCUCCCUUCUUCCCAAGACCGGUUUUAGAGACACUGCUGUGAUACUUAUGCUUAUACAUCAAUUUAUAACGUUUGGUUUCGCGUCCACACCGUUAUAUUUUGUGUGGGAGAAACUGAUUGGUGUGCAUGAGACUAAGAGCAUGUUCAAAAGAGCCAUGGCUAGGUUACCUGUUGUCGUACCCAUAUGGUUCUUAGCCAUUAUCUUUCCCUUUUUCGGACCGAUCAACUCUGCGGUUGGAUCUCUUCUUGUCAGCUUCACUGUCUACAUCAUUCCUGCGUUAGCUCACAUGCUUACUUUUGCUCCUGCCCCUUCAAGAGAGAACGCGGUGGAGAGGCCGCCGAGAGUGGUGGGAGGAUGGAUGGGGACUUACUGCAUAAACAUUUUCGUGGUGGUUUGGGUAUUUGUCGUUGGGUUCGGGUUCGGAGGAUGGGCUAGUAUGGUCAACUUUGUUCGCCAGAUCAACACUUUUGGUCUAUUCACCAAAUGUUACCAGUGCCCUCCUCACAAGACUUGA